AUGUCUCAGACUCGGAUUCUGUUGACUGGAGCAACCGGUUACAUUGGUGGAUCGGUUCUGGCUACGCUGAAAGGCAGUCGGCAUGAGAAGAUCCAAAAUGCUCAGAUCGAUGUCCUUAUCCGAGGCGAGGAGAGAGGCCCGUUAUUCGAGCCGUUUGGUGUCCGGGUCAUUCCAUUCCAAAAUCUAGAUGAGACAGACUUCAUCAGAAAGCUGUCAAGUGAAUAUGAUGUCAUCAUAAACACUGCGUCUGCGUUUCACACGGGAUCAGCAAGGGCCAUGAUUUUGGGGCUUGGUGAUAGACAAAAGAAGACAGGCCAAAAGACUCGUUUCAUUCACACAUCCGGAACGUCCAGCAUUGGCGAUCGUCCUAUCAGCAAGACCUACCUCGAGACGAGCGAGCUUCUCGAUACCAAUAACAUCUACCAGUACCAAAAGUCCCGCGAGGCCAAUGAGAUGUACCAACAGCGUACAACCGAUGUAGCAGUCUUCGAAAGUGGGAUGGAAGUCGGCGUCCCAACAACCAUCAUCAUGGCACCUACUAUUUUUGGCAUUGGCACAGGACCAGUGAACAAGCUGUCCAUUCAAAUCCCGACACUCAUUCGACGCUCUUUGCAGUACGACCAGGCAGUGGUGGUAGGUGAUGGAGCGGGUGAGUGGGAUCACGUCCAUAUUGCCGAUCUAGCCGAGCUCUUCGAGCUUGUCUUGGAGAAAGUCCUGAGUGGAGAAGAGAGUAUUCCCUCCGGCGAAGAUGGUCUGCUGUUUGCGGAAACAGGCCGGCACACUUGGUUGGAGAUCUCUCAAGGAAUUGCGUCCACGGGACAUGAUCUCAAGGCCAUUGGCACUGAAGGGGUUCGCAAUGUGUCCUUGGAAGAAGCGACGACUUGGUCAGCAAAUGGAAGCCUGCAAGUGAGAGAGUUAGGCUUUGCUUCAAAUGCUCGGUCGAAAGCGAUCCGCAGUAGGGCUCUUGGGUGGACUCCUCAAAGAGAAGCAGAGUGGAAACUCGCAGUCAAGGAGGAUUUCCAAGCCAUUUUGGAACGAAGAGACUGA